AGGUUUUUUAUUCAAACUUUGUAUAUAUCUGGUACUACUUUUAUCGUUUGUUUCUAUAUAAACUGUUUGGUCUCAGGAAAACGCUACUGAGGUGCCACCAAGCCCAGCCUCUGUAUCUAGUGUUUCUCCUGAUGAGUUUUGCAGGCAAGAUAACCCGAGUCCUGUAUCUCCACUUGAGGUCAUGGAGUAUCAUAUGUCAUCGUGUAUCGCUGGAGAGUUUAGCACUGAUGCUCCAGCUAGAGAACCAUUUGUGCCUGAAAAUAUUGAGCAUGGUGGACACGAUAAGUCAACUGGAGAGAAGUCUCAAGAGCAAGAAAUAGAUGACAUGGAAGAGAAGGACACAUCUUAUUUGCGUGAUAUCCUCAUCACUGCUGGGUUUUACGAGGAUAAUUCCACAGAUCUCUCAAACUCAAGGUUGGAUGAAUUAACAAGGCCAAUCUCACACCAGGUUUUUGAAGAAGUGGAAGAAGCAUACAAAUAUGGCCAUGUGGAUACAGAGUUUUCCAUCGCUGACAACAGCGAUGUAACCAUAGGACACAAACUUCUGUUCGACUUGGUAAAUGAGGCUCUGCAAAGCAUACUCAGUCCAAAGAUAAGAUGUCCCAUGCUGAAGAGAUGGGUUCUAGGUCCAGCCACGCCAUCAGAAGGAAAAAAUUUGUUGGAGGACUUAUGGAAUCAGAUCAAGUUGUACUUGAACCCUUUUAUGCAUGAGUCUGACACUCUAGAUAGCAUUGUUGUUCAAGAUAUGAAGAUGACAACUUGGCCAACCAUGUUGUAUGAGGACAUGGAUGUGGUAGGGAGACAGAUCGAGAGGGCCAUUCUAUCGAAUUUGAUAGAUGACAUUGUGAAAGAUUUGUGCUUUUGGAAGCCCUAUCGACAAAACUGAUAUUUUAUCGAGAGUGCUUGAGUUCAUUUGAAAUCCUACCGCUGCAGAGACAGGUAUGAGAGAACUGCUGAUGAAUUUUUUAAACAUGUAUUGC